GAAAGGGAACCCAAGUUUCCUAAACCUCAAGUAGUAGUGCCAGCUUAUGAAGACAAUAAUUCACAUAAUCUUUGGUCACAUUUGAAAUCGACUUCCAGCUUUUUAAUAGAUCAACAAUCAACUUCUAAUCAGCAAAAGUUUAGCUUCACAGACUUUAAGUUUAAGGGCAUACUAGGUGAAGGCUCUGCGUAUGUCCUGGAAGAAAUGCAAAAAGAAGUUGAGAUUUAUAAAGACCUUGCUAAUAUUCAAGGCAAGUAUAUCUUCAAGUUGGUCUGUUAUGGAUAUUAUGAAGGAAGUAUGAGCUUCGUUAUCAGCAUGACUAUUGUUAGCACUUCGUUGAGCGACCAAAAAAUAAAGAAACAGCAAAAGACAAGGGCUAUUAAAGGAUUAGAAGCGAUCCAUAAGUAUGGCAUCCUCCACAAUGACAUUCGGAAGGAAAACAUCUUAAUUAAUGAUAAUGGUGACAUCUAUCUGAUUGACUUUGGUAUGGCAAGUCAGGAGGACACAAAAAAGAAGAGAAAGCUUUUCGAGGAGGAACAGCUCAAAUACUCUAACUUGCUAAAUAGAUAUAAUAUGUAAACAUUUCAUAAAGAAGGAGAGCGAAUUUCCAAGUCACAUAAAUGUCAGGUGGUUAGUUAGACUGUAGGAUUAGCCAUAGCAUAGAUGUCAUGUAUCA